AUGUUAUUUAAACAAUCAACCAUUGUGGAACAUGUUCAAUUAUUAAAAAAUGCUUUAUUAACGACGGUCAAUGAUACGCUUCUGGUACAACAACAAAAAUGGAAAACAUUCAAUAUUACACAAGGUCCCACAUCGUAUGCACAAGAACGAAUUUAUUUCCAUGAUCAAAUACGCUACGAGCCUACUUCGGUACCCAUUUACAAUAUUCCGAUUUUAUUCAAAAUCACGAAUGGUAGUGUAUCAAUUGAAAAACUACGUCAUUCAUUGUUGUUGGUCAUUGAAAAACAUUCUCCUUUGCGAACAGCAUUGAAGUAUGACCAAAAUGAGGAAUGUUUAAUGCAAACGAUUAAACCGAUGACUUUUGGGCACGAUUUGUACAAAUUUCAAAUUAGUAAAAUAAGAUCUCGAGAAGAAUUGGAAAAUAUAUUGUUUGAUGAAGAAACAAAUGAAACAUAUUUCGAUUUAGCUAACGGUAUUGUAUUUCGGUGUCACAUCAUCCGAAUGAUGAGUGAGAUCGAUGAUGAUGAUGAUCUUGCUGCCUCAAGUGCUAGAAUGAACGACUAUAUUCUAUUUAAUUUUCAUCAUGUUGCGUUUGACGGCUAUUCAACAGAAUUAUUUCAAGAUGAGUUACAUUUAGCUUACUCAAAUGAUACACUGGAUUUUGAGAGAUCCUUGCAAUAUAUUGAUUAUGCUCAACAUGAAAAACAACUUGACAUGACAAAGGCCGAAGAAUUUUGGAAACAUCUGUUAGAUGGUUUUGAGAUCGAUAAACAUUUGGAAUUGCCGUAUGAUCGUCGACCAUCAACAACACAACGUAGCGGCUAUGGAUCAUCGGUUAAUUUUGAAUUUGAUCGAGAACUGGUUGAAAACAUAUUGGCUUAUGCCGACGAAGUCCACGUAUCGGUGUUUCAAUUGGCUCUCACUUGCUACUACAUUUUCUUGUUAAAUUUAUCAAAUGGAGAAAAUGAUUUAUGUUUUGGUAAUAUUCAUGCGAAUCGAUAUCGUCCUGAGUUGCAUUCAAUAAUCGGUAUGUUCGUGAAUUUGUUGCCAUAUCGAAUGAAAUUGGAUCCAACAUGGUCGUUCGAACAUACGCUUUUACAAGUACAAAAUCUCUGUUUACAAGUGCUAGAAAACUCUCAUUUGCCAUAUCAGAAAAUUGUUCAAUUAAAUCAUCACCAAUCGAAGAUUGUCAAUCAUUUACCGUUUAUGCCAACAGUAUUUCGAUUCGAUUCGAUAAAUACAUCAAAUGAACAAAUUCAGCUUGAUGAUGCCACCAUUUAUCCAUUAUCCUUAUAUCACACCAAUCAUCAUACCGACCAACAAAAUGUGUCCAAGUUCGAUUUAUUAUUUUCAGUCGAAUAUCAUCACAUAAACAAAAUCAUGAAAUGUUCAAUUGAUUAUUCGACUGAUUUAUUUGAUCAAAAAACGAUCAAAACAAUGUGUGACAGAUUCUGUGUGAUGCUUCAACAACUAUUUGGUUCAUCAUCGUUGAACUCGGCAACGUUGAAACAAACACCAAUCUGUGAAUUAUCAAUUUUAUUACCAUAUGAAAUCAACUUAUUGAAACAAAUCAACCAAACGCGUGUCGAAUUCGAUAAUGAUAAUUGCAUUCAAUGCAUACAUCAUGAAUUUAUUCGAAAAGCUAUCUUACAUCCGCAAAAAGUUUGCAUUGCACUUGACGAACAAUCAUUAACGUAUGGAGAAGUGUUGUACUAUGUACAAAUUUUAUCUUUGUAUUUGAUCGAACAAUGCAAAGUUGAAUCAGGCGAUAUUAUUUGUCAAUUGAUGGAUCGAAGUAUUGAAAUGGUUAUUGGCAUUUUAGCGAUACUAACGUCGGGUUGUUCAUAUUGUCCAUUGAAUGUCAAUGAUCCACCAAUGCGUCUUCACUCAUUGAUCGAUGAUACAAAAACAAAAUAUGUAUUAACGCAUACACGAGGAAUAACACAAACCAGUCUAAAUGAUAAUGAUCGACUUCUCAAAUUUAUUAAUGUGGAGGCCAUUUUACUAGAGAAACAACUUAACAGUAGUAACAGCAAUGUGAAUGAUGUUGGCAGCAUUUUUAAUUCUGGUGAAACAAGAGCAACAACAAUGUGUCAUUUGUUAUCUAGCAUACAAAAUUUGACGGAGAAUAGUAUUGCUUAUAUUAUAUUCACAUCUGGAUCAACUGGAAAACCAAAAGCGGUAAGUCACUCUGUGUGUUUUGUAUAACGACAAACUACAAUAGUACAUCAGUUAGCAACAGAUGAAGGGUAUUUACGUAUGGCUUUUGCAGCCCUUUUCUGCUUGCAAGGAGUCACUUGUUGUUGAAUUUGCAACACUUUAUCACUUCCCAAUGUUCACGGUCUAAAGUUAAUAUUUGAGAAAAUCUUGAAGUGUGAAGCCGAUUGUGAUUCGCAAAAAGACAUAUUGAGCUGAAAUCUCUAUGAAAGGUAGUAGGUAUAUGGGCGAGUUUGCGCUCGAAACGAGAAUUUCCAUACUGCUUCGCUCAAAGGUGAAGAUACCUCAGACAAGAGUCGCGAGCAAAAUCUUCUGCUACAAGUUAUAUAUCUUGCUUUUAUCUUCAGGCUCAAAUCAAACACAAAAACUUUCUCGCAUGUAUGAAAUCUUUAUCAUCGAUCGAUAUGUUCAAGCAAACAGACAUUGUUAUUCAAAUGACACAAUGCUCAUUCGAUAUUCAUGUACAAGAGAUCUUGGGAACAAUAGCAAUCGGUGCCUCUCUCAUAAUGCUCCGACCUUUUGGAAACGCAGAUUUAAGUUAUUUAGUCAGAACUAUCGAGGUUCUCCAGCCAACGUACAUUCAUACGGUGCCCACGCAUAUAAGCAGUCUCUGCGACUUACUGGAUCAUCAAAGUGUAAAAUCUGAUAUUCUUCGCAGCAUUCGCCGAUUUUGCUCUUCAGGUAAGAUAGCAUCUAAGUCUGCCGAUGAGAUUUAUCAAUGGCGCACAUCUUUUUCUACACAGGUGAAAGCUUAUCUGCAAAAACUGCAGCUCGGAUCCAAAUUCAUCUAUCAGAGCGUUCCCUACUUAUCAAUCUCUACGGACCGGCAGAAUGCACCAUAGAUGCAACUUACCACAUCGUCACGCCAAACGAUUUAUUAUCGCCGUCGAUUCCAAUCGGUUGUCCAUUGCCUAAUUAUCAAUGUUACGUGUUAGAUCGUUAUUUACAACCAGUUGGGAUUGAUCAAGUUGGUGAGCUGU